UUUCGUAAGAGCCACCAUGUUGGCAUCUUUAUCGUCUUUUUAUGAAAAUAUUCGCUCAUAUUCUUUCUCUGGAAGGAAAGCAGGAGACAAACGCCGAAGAGAGAGGGAAGACGAGGAUGUAAUUAUAACAGAUGUACUUCAGACACCACCAGCUAAGAGGUUAAGAAAUUUAGAAGGAGCUGCUGGUGAAAACAGUGACAACAGCCCUCUUCAUAGUUUUUCGGAUUUUGUUCAGAAGGUGAAAACCUGGUCUGGUAGAUACAUCUGGCAGUACGUGGUCAAAGGAGAUAAUCAAGAUGUCACUAACACUUCUUUAAGCAGAGACCUUAAUGAGGCUGAGAAUGAAAUUAUGGAAAAACAGACAAGUUCUGCAUAUACAAGACCUAUUAGUAGCAUUUGCACAGACAACUUGGGACAACAAGGGAGUUCUAGAUUGACAAGGAAACCCUUGCAUAGAAGCAGGAGAUCAGAAACAUCAUCACCUGUACAGUCUCACCCAAGAAAAAACAAGAUGGGAUUAACAACAUCCACAAAGCAAAACUUGAGCAUGACAAGAACAUCUGAAAGAAAAUAUGAUUCAUCAAAAUAUAAAAACACUCCCAACAGUAGAUCUUACAAUGCUAACCAGUACAAAAGUGAAAGAACAUUAGAGUACAACUUGCCUGGACCUUCUCAAUCUGGAAGUAAGUCUCCCUCGAGAUCACGGAGGACUACAGAAGAGACUGUGGGAAAGAGAUCUCCGGUUGAAGGGGGGAGAUUUACAAGCACAGCAGAAAGGGUUGUUCGCCUGGAAGAACGAGACAGAUACAGGCAGUUAGUGGCUCAGUUUACCAACAUAGAGACACCUGAUAGAACAGAUCGUACAGGGAACAGAACAGUAUUAGAUGAACCACUGUAUGUGGAAACUGACUUUCUUACCAAGACAAGAUCCUACGCAAGGUCUGGAAGUGGAAGCCUACUGUCACCAAGAUCUACCUUAGUGUCACCCCCCGUGUCAUUCACUAUUCCAGCCUCCCCUCCCCUGUCAGCAACAAGGUUGAAAGUAACAGCAUCUCCAAGGAGAUCAGCCAACAGGUCACGUAAGGUCACAACAGAUGUUAGCUUGUAUUCAAGACCAGGUACAACCAACAUAUCGCCUCCAAACAGUAUCACCAGAUCUAGCAACAGAACACUGGACACGUCUGAUAUUCGCAAUCCUUUUGAUGAGGACUGGACCACAAGAUGGCGAAAUCUCCUAUCAGAGGAUAGUUUAGCCCGACAAAGGGAGAUUUCAAAAGAAGAAAAGAAACUGAAAGCAAUAAAGCAAAAGCGAGAAGAAGAAACGCAAGCUAUUAAAGACAAGAUAAAGGAACGACUGAGAAGAAGGAACUUAGGACUAGACGAAGAUGAGGAAGAAGAGGCAGAGGAAGAAGUAGAAGAAAUAACAGACUCGUUUGUGCCGCUCACGGAUGAAAUGGAGAGAAUGGUUGAUGCAGCACUAGCCCCUGGGUAUUCUGAAGAUCCUCUUGUUGAAGGCUUCCGAGUGACUCUGAAGAGAAGUGACGUGGCAACACUCAGUAAUCUGAACUGGCUCAAUGAUGAGAUAAUCAACUUCUUUUUCAACCUGAUCAUGGACAGAAGCAACCAACAAGGAAAUGUGAAAGUGCACGCCUUUAAUUCAUUCUUUUAUCCGAAACUGAUCAAAUCAGGAUAUGCCAGCCUUAAACGGUGGACGAAAAAGGUGGAUAUUUUUGCGAUGGACGUGGUACUUGUUCCUAUUCAUCUAGGGAUGCAUUGGUGUCUCGCGGUGAUCGAUUUUAAUAGGAAAUGUAUCUCAUAUUACGACUCGCUCAAAGGUUCCAAUCCACAAUGCCUGUCUGCACUAAGUGACUACUUGAAAAAUGAAUCACUGGACAAGAAGAAAGUGCCGUUUGACUCGACGGGCUGGAGGACAGUUUCUCCAAAGGAUAUACCAGAGCAACUUAACGGAUGUGACUGUGGAGUAUUCGCCUGCAAGUACGCAGAGUAUUUAUCACGAAGAGCGCCUUUCGAUUUUGACCAGAGACACAUGCCUUACUUCAGGCGUCGAAUGGUCUACGAAAUUCUAACAAAGAAACUCUUGUGAGAGCCAACCGCUGAAAGACUCGGUUCUUUGUCUUACUGAUCGAUUCCUUCGUAACGCGCUCCCUGAAGUCACUAAGAAGGACUCGCAAUUUACGAUUAUUAUCCCAAAUGUUCUCCCACUAUCUAUUUAUAUUAAGCGAAUUUACGAGUCUAUCUUAAUACUUUUCGUUAUGCUAUCGUUAAAACUGUACAGUGAAGCAUUUUUUGAAAAUGAAAACAUGUAAUUAAAGUUGGUUAAUGUCUAUGGACCGUUUUAAAAGCAAGAAUAUUA